GCAACCACAAGUUCAUAAUGGAUAUACGAAUCCAACAGGAUCCGACCCGAUCCCAAUCCCCGUCCUUCCCAUCAUCGCACGCUCGCAGCGUCGCCGCCCUCUUUUCCGCGCUCUGGAACUCGCCUUCUUGACCCCCGAAAGGAAUGUCGACGUAUCACAGUGCUCGAGAUUUCUUGUUCUGUGGAAUCUGUGGAACCCUUUUAUCUUUCGCCUCGGCCGAUGUUGCAAGAUGCCCUCUUUGCAAAUUUGAGCGGAAUGCAUCAGAGAUUGAAGGAAGAGAAACACGUUAUGCAAUCACUGCUGAGGAUAUAAGGAGAGAGCUGAAGCUUGAGCCCUUUGUGGUUCUUGAAACGGUUGAAGUUGAUGAAGAUGUGCAAAGAGCAGUCGUGAAUGAAGCCUGUCCUCAGUGCCAGCAUCCUGAGCUUGAGUACUACACUAAGCAGCUACGAUCAGCUGAUGAAGGACAAACGGUCUUCUAUGAGUGCCCAAAAUGUGGGCACAAAUAUUCUGUCAAUACCUAGGCAACCUAUUUUGCGUUAUCUGCUUGAGAAUGUAUGGACUUUGCACAUUUUUGUUGCAACCUCUUUUAUUGGGGGAAUGUAUCAGUAAUCUGUAAAAAUUAUCUGAGGUUUAAGUUGGGAGAUUUUUUGCACUGUA